AUACAUUUUAAACAGGAAUUAUUCGCGUGCGGAUAAUUAUAAAUCUUUUAAACACGCUUACUGUUUAAACCCCGGUUUUUGUUUGUGAAUAUAUAACGUCGCGAUUCUGCUUCUGAAAACUAUCCCUCUACCAUCUUCACCAUGUCCAACUGCUAUUUCGACGUGAGCGCUAACGGCCAACCCCUUGGUCGCAUCGUUUUCAAGCUCUUUGACGACGUUGUCCCCAAGACUGCCGCCAACUUCCGUGCUCUCUGCACUGGCGAAAAGGGUUUCGGCUACGCCAACUCUACCUUCCACCGUGUCAUCCCCCAAUUCAUGCUCCAAGGUGGUGACUUCACCCGCGGUGACGGUACCGGUGGAAAGUCCAUCUACGGCCACAAGUUCCCCGAUGAGAACUUCGUCUUGAAGCACAACAAGCCCGGUUUGUUGUCCAUGGCCAACGCUGGUCCCAACACCAACGGUUCCCAAUUCUUCAUCACCACCGUCGUCACCUCCUGGUUGGACGGCAAGCACGUUGUCUUCGGUGAGGUCGUUCAAGGUAUGGACGUCGUCAAGAAGGUUGAGUCUUUGGGUUCCAACUCCGGUGCUACCCGUGCCCGCAUUGUCAUUGACAACAGCGGUGUUGUUGCUUAAACUCAACUGCGAUGAUUAUGUCUGUCCCAUGGUUAGCCGCUCGCGUCUAACCUUAGACCCGUGUGGCUCCUCAGGGAGUUUUAUAAUGUCGAAUAAAGAAAUUGAUGUCUCCAUCUCCAUUAA